CAGGGGAACCUGGACCCUGGCAGCUCCCCCUGUGAUGACUUCUGGGGGUACUCGUGUGGGGGAUGGCUCCAGGAUAACCCCAUUCCCCCCACCAGGACCAAGUGGUCCAUCAAGGAGAAACUUAAACAUCAAGCGCUGUCUGAGAUGCGGGAACUUCUGGACACUAUGAACGAGCCUGAAGACGUCAACAGUAUCGAGUGGAAGUUGAAGACCUUCUACUCCUCCUGUAUGAACGUUCGCUCCUUCAUGAAGACCGGCUUGGACAUCAUCAAGCGCAUGAUCAUCACCAAACUCAACGGAUGGACGUUGAUGAGGGAGACCUGGGAUCGUCGACGGUGGGAGUUCGACACAGUGCUGGUGCGUCUACACGCUGAGUAUGGUGUGUCACCGUUCUUCAAGGUCACCGUAGUGCCCAACCCACGCAGCCACGGGCAAAACAUCAUCAAGCUGGUGCCUUCAGGAUUCUCUAUGCCUCAUCGUAGCUACUACGACCGGAUGCCCAAUAACGAUGUGGAGCAGACAUAUAAACAAUACAUUAAGGAUACAGUGAAGCUUUUUGAUGCUACUGGACCAGAUGCUCUUGAAUUUGCAGCACAUCUCUACCAUUAUGAGGGCCGCAUUGCUGAGAUCACCCCUCCAGAAACUUUUAUCAAUGACCCUCAGGCUUCUAACAAUCUCAUAUCCAUUGGAGAACUCUCUCAAAUUGCUCGUAGUGUCCCGUGGCUUGCUCUCCUUCGACAAAUGUUUCCAAACAGUAAACUGGAUCACAGAACUGAUGUGUUGGUAGUAUCGCGAGAGUACUUCAGUGAUGUAUCGGAACUCAUAGCCACAACUGAUAGAAAUCUCUUAAACAACUACCUAGUCUUCAGCUUUGUGUCUGCAUAUAUACCUUACUUAUCAUCAGAAAAUACCAGAGUUUUGGACCUGUAUCAUAAGGAGUUUACAGGGCUUCGAGAACCCAUGGAACGAUGGGAGUUUUGUAUUCAGUCAACUGCAAAAUUUUUCAAAUUUGGCUUGGGGUCUCUCUUUGAGCGCAGUCAAAGCAGAUAUCGAUCACGUCAAAAGAACUCACGUGUACUUCAUGAAAUAUUUAACCAGAUCAGGUACACUUUGGGAUCAAAUCUGGCCAGCAGUCGCUGGUAUCCUCUUGAAAUAAAAGCACAGCUCACUGCUAAGCUAAAUAACAUGUCCCUGGCUGUUGGUUAUCCAGAACGUCUCUUGAACCCAACUGUGAUUAAUUUUUAUUAUGAAGACUAUACAAUAUUCAUCAAAGACUUCUUCCAGAAUCUUCAGGAUUCCAUCCGAAGUGCUGGACGACAAAUGGAAAUGAAGCUCAUAGAUCCACUGCCAGAAUCUGAUUGGAUGGAUGCCUUAUCAGAAGAUUCAGUCACAUAUGUGCACGAAGCAAACAAGAUAGUUAUUCCGCCACACUUGCUCAACCCUCCACUCUUUCACCGCAAUUAUCCAUUGACCAUGCUAUAUGGAAGCCUGGGUGUGCAAAUUGCUCGUGAAAUGCUGCGAGCUGUUGAUGCCGUUGGUCUUGCAUGGAACAGCAAAGGACAAUUUGCUGAACGAACAGUAUAUACAAACAGAUCGCUGGACAACCUACGAGGGAUGGCAGACUGCAUAGCUUCUGCAACUAUGGAUCUCGCUAUAGAAACAGAUGCUGUUGUAGAUAGAACGGCAGCUGAUACAGCUUCAGAGGUUGAUGCCAUACGACAGACGUACCAGGCCUACCUCUCUUUGAUGAAGCUUCAACCUCAGCCCCAGCAUCCAAGCUUCGAGUCUCUCAACACAACCAACAUAUUUUUCAUGGCUUAUGCUGGAGUAAGUUAUCACAUUACAAGUGCAUGUUGACAAGCUACUUAUUUUGAAUUUAGUACAUUUUACAUGUUUUCAGUUUCAUUGUUUGACUUGAAAUAUAGCUUCAUU